CACAACAACCGCCGCCACGACAACAACUACAGCUGCUCCAACAACAACCACAACAACCGCCCCCACGACAACAACUACAGCUGCCCCAACAACAACCACAACAACCGCGCCCACAACAACAACUACAGCUGCCCCAACAACAACCACCACAGCAGUACCAACAACAACCACAACAACCGCCCCCACGACAACAACUACAGCUGCCCCAACAACAACCACCACAGCAGUACCAACAACAACCACAACAACCGCCCCCACGACAACAACUACAGCUGCCCCAACAACAACCACAACAGCUGCCCCAACAACAACCACCACAGCAGCACCAACAACAACCACAACAACCGCCCCCACGACAACAACUACAGCUGCCCCAACAACAACCACAACAACCGCCCCCACGACAACAACUACAGCUGCCCCAACCACAACCACAACUACAGCUGCCCCAACAACAACCACAACAACCGCCCCCACGACAACAACUACAGCUGCCCCAACAACAACCACAACAGCUGCCCCAACAACAACCACAACAGCCGCACCCACAACAACAACUACAGCUGCCCCAACCACAACAACUACAGCUGCCCCAACAACAACCACAACAACCGUCCCCACAACAACAACUACAGCUGCCCCCACCACAACCACAACAGCUGCCCCAACAACAACCAC